UUACAGAAGCAGAAAAAUUAAUUAAUUUGUUGAGAGAGUGGCAAAUUCCCGUAGAAAUUAUUGAAAAAUUUACAGGUAAAAAAUAUUAUGGUUCUUAGGAUGUCGUUAUUUUUAGUCUUAUAGGUUAACCAAUAAUUGAUAAUACGAAUAAUUGAAUGAGUGUUAAUGUAGCAGACAUCAGACAAAUGUAAAAUAAUUAAUGAAUCGGACAAUGGAAUGACCAUCGAGUUAUUAUCAGAUUUGACAGAAAACGAGUUAAAAGAAAUGUGUCCGCAAAUGGCCACAAGAAUUAAAGUUCGACAAAAAAUUAACGCUAUGCGUGCAGAAAAUCACGAUAAUGCAGCUGAGAAUGUCAAUAACUCUUGUGCUAUUGAUGACAUGAUUUGUAAUGAAUCAUUAAAUUCAGAUCGAGCACAUUUAUCACUAAAUUGCGCUAUAUGCCAUCAACCGAUUAACAACUUUGAAGAUUAUGUUGUACACUUAGCCAAUAUUCAUAAGAUAACCCGUCACUUCGUUUGUCCGAUAUCAAACUGCUAUAGAUCUUAUCACUCUAAACAUAGUUUAAAAUAUCAUCUAAAUAAUAGCCACGAUGCCAAAAAAGUAAUAUCAGUAGGGGAAAAUAAAAGAUCGGUUUUCAUUAAAAAUAUAAUUGAAUCAAAUCAUUAUGAAUCAGGCUCACAAAACUUCAGCAUGGCUUCAGAAAGUUUUAAUAAUUCUGAUAAUAAAGAGAAUACUGAUAAUACUUUUUGUAAUGCAGAGAGUGCAGAAAGGGAACCGUCAAAUAUUCAAAAUAAAUAUUUUAUUGAAAUUGAGCAAUUUAUAUCUCAACUAUACAGCUUUCUCAAUAUACCAAGAUCGUUCAUACAAUCUUUAAUUAAAUUAGUAGAAUCUUUAGUCUUAACUGUUGUUACCGAUAUUUUAAAAAUUUUUAAUAAUGUUGAUCAUGACACGCACAAUGCAAUAAAACAAAUGAUGUUUAUCAUAUCUCAAAUAAAAAACUCAUUUUUGCAUUUGGGCACGGAGUAUAAGCGUCUUCAACAUUUUCAACAAUCUAAAUGUUACAUUAAACCUUUAGAUGAAGUUAUUGGUACUGAAAAAAAGGAAAAAAAAAUUGACGAUAAGAUAAUUUUAUCUUUAAAAAAUAAGAAUGCUUAUAUUGUUCCUCUUGAUAAAACUUUAAAAUUAUUUCUGGAACCACCUGGAGUUUUCGAAACAAUUUUUAAUUAUCAAAAAACACUAAUACAAGAAAAAAAUAAAAAUAAUUCCAUCUUGCGAAAUAUUGUUCAAGGUAGCUUAUGGAACAAUGUCAGUAAAAAUUUUGAUAAAGAUCAGAUUUUAUUGCCUUUGAUAGUAUUUUUUGAUGAUCUCGAAACUGGCAAUCCUCUCGGAAGUCAUGCUGGAAAAAACAAAUUAGGGACUGUUUACACUUCUAUCGCCACAAUACCACCAAGUAUGUCAAGCCGUUUGGAAAAUACAUUUCUAAGUCUUCUAUUUUAUUCAAAUGAUAGAACAACAUAUGGCAACAAAGCUACGUUUAAUAAAUUUAUCACCACUUUAGAAAAUUUAGAAAAAGUUGGAAUUCAAAUAUCUAUAAACAAUAAAGAAUUAAAUGUUAAAUUUAUUAUGGUAACGAUGUCAGGUGAUAAUUUAGGGCUUCACAGUGUUCUGGGAUUUUUUGAAAGUUUUAAUGCAACUAACUUCUGCAGAUUUUGUUUAAUAAAUAAAACUGAUUCAAGAACUCAAGUAUCAGAAAAUACAGAAAUAAUAAGAAAAGUUGACGAUUACGAAAUGCACGUAAAAAAUGAAGUCAAUAUUAAAGAGUCUUGUGUCUGGCACAACUUGUCAAAUUUUCAUGUAUAUGAAAAUUUAACCUGCGAUGUGAUGCAUGAUCUUAUAGAAGGUAUUCAUAGAUAUUCUAUGGCUCUCAUAAUUGAAAAUGUAAUCAAAAAGAAUUAUUUUACUUUUGAACAGUUGAACUCCAGAAUAAAAUACUUUUUGUAUGAAGAUUUAGAAUCUGUUCCGCCGAUGAUUAAUAAAAACCACUUAAAGAAUAAGUAUCUAAUAAUGUCAGCUUCUGAAAUGUUGAGUUUAGUAAGGAAUUUUUGUUUUAUAAUUGGUGAUACGGUAAAAGAAAAUGAUGAUGUUUGGCAGUAUUUUCUUUUAUUACUAGAAUUAACGACAUUACUUACAUCUCAAACUUUCACGAUUGAGUUAACUGAUUAUUUAGAAAGUUUAAUAGUUCGGCAUAAUGAAACAUUUAUAAGAGUAUUUGAUGAACACCUGAAACCGAAGUAUCAUAUACUUUUACACUAUUCCAGAAUAAUUAAAAAAAUUGGACCACUGAUUCAUUUUAGUUCUUAUAAAGGUGAAUCAAAACAUUUACACAUAAAAAAAGUAAGUAAUUCAAUUACCUCGAGAAAACAAUUGCCUUUGUCAAUAGCAAUUCGAUGUCAGCUGGACUGUUGCUUCAGAUAUUUAUGCAAAAAUGGAUUAAAUAACAUUGUAAGUGUUAGUAAAAAUAUUCAGCAAAGUAUUACUAAUGACAAUGAAUAUUCUGUUCCUUGGUAUCAAAUUAAUGGAGUAAAAUAUAAGGAAGGUAUGGUAAUAUUAACUAAUUUCGACGAGAUGGAUCAGCCAGUGUUUUAUCUAAUUGAUGAUAUACUUAUUGACAAAAAAAAUGAUGAAAUCAUUACUUUUAAUAGUUUAUUAUUACGAAUAAUUGAGUUCAAUUCUCACUUCAAUGCUUAUCAUGUCGUUAAAUCUUUGCAGAAAAAAUCUAUUCCGAUAGAAAAAUGUUUAUCUCAUCCAUUUAUUUUACGUGAGAUUAGUAAUAAGUUAUUUGUAAGUUUAACAAAAAUGUAACCAUUUAUCAAAAAAUGAGUUCUGUAUAUUUUUUAUUUGUACUUUAUAGGAUAACUUAUAAUAUAAAAUUUCUCU